AUGAAGCGUCUUACCAUACCAGCGAAAUUGUCACGUUUAACUCAACCUUCCUCUGCUAGUCACAUAUGGAAACCGGCAAAUUGUCCAACACGGAUCGGAACAUAUAAUUCAAGUAUUACGAAUUGUGUGACAGGGCAAACAUCCAAAGUACCUCCUGUAAGGCGAGCAACACCAGCCGGUGUCAAUUCUACGGUAGCAGAUGCAAAUUUUACAAGAUCAGAGACCAGUGUUAAUGCUACUUCCGUAUCCACUACUUGUGCUGGAAAAGUGGUCAACAAGCGUAUUCCUCCCUAUGAUUUUAAGGCUCGUUAUAAUCAUUUGUUAGAAAGGCAUAAAGCCUUAAAAGAAAAAUUCGAAGAAAAAUGUGAACAAGUAGGAAAGUUGGAAACGCUACCGGAACAAUUCAAAGAAGUACAGUCACAUUUAGCAAGUACUACGGAAGAAUUGAAGAAUACGAAAACUGAAAAAGAAUAUCUUCAACGGCAAGUAAAAUCACAGCAACAAAAUAUUGAAUUGUUAACCGAUUCGUUAACUAGUAUUACCGGCGAAUUUGAGAAACUUAAGCGAGCCUAUAAAAAACUGCAACGCGAGCAUGAUGAGCUUAGCAUUGAAGUGCCCAAAGUGCGAGAACAAUCCGCAGAUUUGGUAGAUAAAAACUUCAAAUUAAUGGAGAGUAUUGCGAUAUGCAAGGAGCAACUCUUUCGUUCGAAUGUGGAGCGGAAAGAGUUGCACAAUGCUGUGAUGGAUUCGCAUGGUAAUAUCCGUAUAUUUUGCAGAGUUCGGCCACCUCUCGAUUUUGAACGACAUAAACUAUUGUGUGGAUGGAAUUAUGUCGACGAAAGUACUUUGGAAAUCUUUAAUUGUGAUCCAUUGAUUAAGGCUAAGAACAAAGGUCAUAGCUUCAGUUUCGAUCAAGUAUUUCAUCAGUCGAGCAAACAAGAAGACAUUUUUCAAUUAGUUGCACCUUUAAUUCAAUCAGCUUUGGACGGUUACAAUGUGUGUGUAUUCGCUUAUGGUCAAACAGGCAGUGGUAAAACUUUUACUAUGGACGGUACAAUCGGAAAUCCUGGUGUGAUAUUGCGGACGAUAGAUUUGCUAUUUGAUUCCAUAAAAGCUUAUCGUAAUCUUGGCUGGCAAUAUCAGAUCAAAGUUCAAUUUUUAGAAAUCUAUAAUGAAGUCUUGUAUGAUUUAUUGGAUAAUGAACCAAAAGAAUUGGAAAUUCGUAUGACGAGGAGCGAGAAGAAUGGCAUAUAUAUCUCAAAUAUAACCCAAGAGACUGUUGAGAACGCCGAUCGCUUACGUCAACUUAUGAGAAUUGCUAAAAUGAAUCGGGCAACAGCCGCUACCGCGGGUAACGAACGUUCUUCGCGAUCCCAUGCAAUUACAAAUAUUGAAUUAAUUGGCUCUCAUGCAGAGAAACAUUGCACAUCGAUCGGUUCAAUUAAUUUAGUAGAUUUAGCUGGCUCGGAAUCACUUAAGACAAGCAUGCGCUUGAACGAAACUAAGAAUAUUAAUCGAUCAUUAUCGGAGCUUACAAAUGUCAUCUUGGCUCUUCUACAAAAACAGGAUCACAUACCUUAUCGUAACUCUAAGCUAACGCAUUUAUUGAUGCCUUCCCUCGGUGGUCACUCGAAAACGCUUCUUUUCAUUAAUGUGGCUCCUUUCCAAGAUUGCUUUAACGAGUCUUUGAAAUCAUUACGGUUCGCAGCAAGUGUGAAUCAAUGCAAAAUUGCGAAAGCUAGACGCGUUCGCAUACUUAACACUUCCAACUUCCAAUAA